UCCACGCUGACGUGGCUAUUCUGCUAAGUGUCACAGGUAACGGUGACUCCACACAUUUAACAACAGCGAUCCCAUUGUGCUACGUGUUAUCCUUGUAAGACACGACGGUUAAAAUUUGUUGUCUAGAUAUGAAGCUGAAUUUCCGAGUGUCCCUUCUAUUCGUUUUGAGCGUGUUCAGCAUUGCUAGAGAAUCGGGAGCGGUAUUACCAGAUUUAUGCGAUGGACACAAUCUCUUCAUGUUCUUCAAGGAUAGAAAAGACUGGGUGUCUGCAAGAGAUGAUUGUAUUCUUCGUGGAGGGCGCUUGGCUCUAAUCAACAGUGCGGAGACUCACGAUGCUAUCAAAACACAUAUUAGAAACAUUGACGAGCUAUGGAAUGCGGCAGGUGGGGGAUACUGGUUUGGUCUCAACGACAGAGAUAAUGAAGGCACCUAUGUAUUUGAAGGUAGUGCGGGAGUUGAAUUAACGUAUCAUGAUGGGUGGUGUUCAGAAAAGGUUGGAAGAAGAAUAGUGAAUCAACCCAAUAACAAUACAGCGAAAAACCCUGACGGUCAGGACUGCGCACAACUGUGGAGAAACAACAAGAAAAAGCCAAAGUAUGAUUUUGACGAUGCAUACUGUGACAAUCGCAAGGGUUACAUAUGUGAAAUUGUAAACAGUCAAGAUUGCGGAAGUGGUAACCUAGGCUAAUCACGUGACAUGGUAUUGUUUGCAAGAACGUAUCGUUAACAUAUGUAGUAUUGAACGUUAUUUGACAACGAAUCCACUAUCACUGGAAUGUAACGUGUACUUGGACACAUAUAUCAAGAAGAAUACAUGCAUAUUCAUAGAUCUAGUAGCUGUACAUUGUUUAUUUUGAUUACACACUAAGUAUUAAAUUGGCAAUGCAAAU